AUGGUCUGUGACGAAGUUAUCCUCCGUGGAAACCGUAUUGUUCUCCCACAGUCCCUGCACAAUCGAGCCAUCGAGUUAGCCCACCUUGGCCAUCAAGGCAUUGUUAAAACAAAGCAACUCCUACGCAAAAAAGUCUGGUUUCCAGACAUUGACAAAAUGGUUGAAGCCAACGUCAAGAUGUGUUUGCCCUGUCAAGCCUCUACCCAAGGAACGUCUUCACCUCCAGAACCACUGAAACCCUCCCCGCUCCCAGAGAAAGCUUGGACCAAUGUAGCAGUUCAUUUCGUUGGACCAUUUCCCACAGGCGAAUACCUGAUAGUCGUGAUUGAUGAAUACAGUCGAUACCGGGAAGUCGAAAUUCUCACCACAAAAUCCACGAAAGCUGCAAAUCCAAAGCUUGAUUCCAUAUUCUCCAGACAAGGCAUCCCUGAGAUUCUCAAGUCAGAUAAUGGCCCUCCAUUUAAUGGUGAAAAGUUUGAGAACUUUGCCAACCACCUCGGUUUUAAGCACCGUAAGUUAUAUAACCCCAUACUGGCCAAGAGCCAACGGCGAAGCUGAAUGCUUCAUGAAAACUAUUGAGAAAGCAAUUCGAGCUGCCACAAUUGAAGGUCGGAACUGGAAAAAAGCCAUGUAUAUCUUCCUUCGCCAGUAUCGUGCCACAUCACAUAGCACCAUCUCCGUAUCCCCUAGCGAAGCACUAAAUAACCGAAAGCUAAAAACUCACCUUCCAGAUUCCCCAUCAACACCAAGCAACUCCGAGAAAGAUGAGGAGAUACGCAGUCGAGACGAAAAAAACAAAUCAACCAUGAAAUCAUACAGCGACAAACGAAAUCGUGCCAAGCCAAACAACAUCACCCUCGGUGACACUGUCCUCAACCGAAAUUGA